CUAUCCGCUAAAAAAAGUCUUUAACUUUCCACAACGACCGGCCUUCAUCUUGACCUUAAGAUAAACAGCAAUCUAGCUAUCUCUGAAUUAAAAGACAAUUAGCUGCGCAAACAUUUUUUACACAAAAUAAAAUGUGAAGGGAACUCAUUAGUUCACUACUCGAUAUUCACAAUUAAUCCUUGUGGCCGACUGUAAACACGCCUUUGCUAGUCCUUGUGGCUGACUGUUACACGCCUGUGCCUAUUUAUUUUUAUAAAAUAAUAACAGUUUGACAGCUGUCUUUGAAAAGUGAAUUGUUUUAGCUUUUCCCGCGCAGUGAUUGUGUUGUUUUUUUUUUAAGUGUUGUAAUGUUCGAUAAUUUGAAAGCUCAUUUGAAAUUGAAAUGGCGCCAAUACUUAGCAGCAUCGUUAGCAAGUUACGGGAGUCUAUGCACGGGGAUGUCAAUGGGCUGGACGUCCCCCGUGCUGCCGCAGCUGCAGCGGUUGGAAAGCUCGCCUCUGUCGCACGUGCCGACCCUGCAGGAGACCUCCUGGGUGGCCUCGCUGCUCGUGCUCGGAGGACUCUUGGGUCCUUUAAUAACAGUCCCUCUGUCCCGCCGCGUGGGACGACGCUGGAUCAUCAUGGGCGGCAACCUGCCGUUACUGCUGGGCUGGCUGCUGGCCGGCGUCGCCACUAACCUGGAGACGCUGUACGUGGCCAGGAUCAUGUGGGGAUGUGCUACCGGCAUGAUGUUCGCUACUGUACCGAUUUAUAUUGGAGAGAUUGCUGAGGACAAAAUCCGCGGCGCAUUAAGCGCUUUAUUCCUGCUUUUCAUCAACGUGGGCUUCCUGUUGGCUUACGCCAUCGGGCCGUUCACCUCGUACUGGGGGCUCACAGCCACCGGCGGCAUCCUGUCCCUGUUCUACGUGCCGUUCACGUGGCUCAUACCGGAGACACCUUUCUACUUAGUCUAUCAAGGGAAAAUCGACGAAGCAUCUGAAAUCCUACAAAGUCUCCGAGGCACAUCCAAAGAGGCGGUCCAGGCUGAACUGGAUGGCUUGCAGGCGGUGGUCGCGAGAGAGUUCAAGGAAGCACCCAAGAUACAGGACCUGUGGGCCACCAGAGGAAAUGUUAAGGCCUUAGGUAUCUGCGUGUUCCUGGCCAUGCUGCUGCAGCUGUCAGGUAUCGACGUGCUGCUGUUCUACAUGGAGGAGCUGCUGUCCAAGGUCGGGACCACGCUGUCGCCGUCCGAUGGUACCAUCAUCAUGGGAGUGGUACAGGUUGUAACCAGCUGCAUCACGCCGUUGGUUGUGGACCGACUAGGAAGAAAACUUCUUAUGUGGACAACAUCACUCGGACUAACGAUUUUUUUGACAUUAAUCGGUAUCUACGCGUUGUUGGACUCGUACUACAAGAUUGACGUCACUUCGUACGCGUUCCUGCCUCUGCUCUUCCUAAUCAUAUACAUGAUACUGUUUACUCUGGGCGUGGGUCCAGUUCCGUGGAUCCUGGUGGCGGAGAUGUUCCCGGUGAAGACCAAGAGCCUCGCCGGCGGGAUCUGCUCCUUCAUGUGCUGGCUGGCUGGGUUUGUGUGGACCAGAUUUUUCCGUGACGUGGAAACCUCGUACGGCAUCUACACAGCGUUCUGGAUCCUGGCGGCGUGCUGCGGCAUCGGGUUCAUCUUCUCCGCCACGCUGCUGCCAGAGACCAAGGGAAAGACCUUUGAUGAGAUACAGGAUAUGCUCAAUAAUAGAAAUAAGGAAGACAAGCCAGUUGAUGUAUAGAACCUCAAAACUUAGUCAUAAGAACAAAAUCUAAAUAUGUAUAUAGAAACUUUAUAAUAAAUCAGAAUAAACUAUAUCAGUUGCACAAAUAAAUUAUUAUUAAACACGU